UCACACAGGUGUGUCCUGAACUGAAGCACAAUUUACGACGGAAACACACCUGGCUUAAUCAUGUGAUUUUGUACCUGGGCGUGGAGAAAAUACUUCGCUGUUUUUUUUUUCCCGUACGAUUUUUUUCGGGGGGAAGUUGUCCUUGUAGGUUUUCGUGUUUUCUAAGUGGUUCCCGGCGUUUUCAUGGAAUGAUCUUUUUUUUUUUGUUUCAUCUUUCUGGCUUCGGGGAGUAGCCUGUGUAAAAUGUGAACUUUUUUCGCGUCGUGGAUCGGGAAUAUAUUUUGCUUUUGUCGUGGAACGGGGAAACGAAAUUUGGACAACUUAAGUGUUUUCAACUGCUGUGCUUUCAAGACAUGGCGAGGUGGCUCGCGGCGGCCCUGUUCUUGUCGUGCCUGCGCCCGGCGCUCCCCGCGGCGGCCCCCCCGGUGGAGUUCACGGCCGGCUCGGCCAUCAACCACGCCCUGCCGGACCCGCGCACCGGCCGCGUGUACCUGGGAGCCGUCAACGCCGUCCACCAGCUAGACGCGGGGCUGCGGCUCCAGCACACGGCGGUCACCGGGCCGCGCCGGGACAACCGCCAGUGCACCCCUUCCAGCCCCUGCCCGGACGCCAAGGACAUGGACAACGUCAACAAGCUGCUGCUGGUCAACCCGGCCAACGGCACCCUGGUGGUGUGCGGGAGCCUCUUCAGGGGCCUGUGCUCGCUGCUCAACCUCAGCAACGUGGAGCAGCUGCUCUACUUCAACGACAGCAACGGCGAGAGGACCUUCGUGGCCAGCGUGGAGGAGGCCGUGUCGGUGGUGGGCGUCAUGUCCUCCUUCGACAACCUGACGACGUUCCUGGUGGGGAAGGGCUACGGCAACGUGGACUCGCCCAAGCUCAUCAGCACGCGCAUCCUGCAGGACUACAAGCAGUGGGUGGUGUUCGAGAACGUGGUGGACGCCCCAACCGUGCAGGGCAACGGCUACGCCCUCCGCUUCCAGCACGAUUUCCGGCUCGCCUUCGCCGAGGACCUCUUCGUCUACUUCCUGUUCUCCCGCAGGAAGUCCAACAAGGAUAACGUGAACGUGGUGGGGGACAUCCACAACUACACCUUUGUGUCGCGCCUGUGCAAGAUCGACCUGCCGUACCACUCCUACAUCGAGCUGCAGCUGAACUGCGGGCGGGACAACAAGUACAACAAGGUGCAGGCCGCCUACGUGGCCGCGCCGGGAGAGGUGCUGGCACGUCGUCUCUCCUGGGAAAACGGCACGGCGGAGCCCGGCGACAAGGUCCUGUUCGGCGUCUUCAGCAGCGGAGAAGACGACUCGGCCGUGUGCGCGUACCCGCUGAAGGCCAUCAACGAGCAGAUGCGCAAGAUCAUACUGGCGUGCUACGGCUACGGCGGGAAGAUCGGCGACAAAAUGGCCGUCUACUCGCCCUACACCGGCCAGAAGCCCAUCUGCGGGUCUUCCAACCCCGAACUGGUGAAUACAAAGAAGUGUGGUGCGGAGUUCCUGACGUACCCCCUGGCCAGUGAGAGCGACUUCGCUCUGAAGGCCGAGGUUCUGUACGAGAAGAAGGGCCUGCUGACCGCUGUGGCCGUCGCCAAGGAGAACGAACACACCGUGGCCUUUCUGGGCACCAGCAUGGGAGAGGUGUACAGGGUGCAUCUAUCGGACAAACCCGAGGAGUACGGGCCAGGGCUCGGGGACGGCGCGCGCAAGGCCGUCAACAAGAACCUCUUCUUCGACACGAGUGGCGACCAUCUUUACAUCACCACCAACAGGAAGAUCAGUCGAGUGCCGGUGCAGGCGUGUGAGGAACAGACGUCCUGUGCAGCCUGUGUGGAGCUGAAGGACCCGUACUGCGGCUGGUGUGUGCUGGAGGGCAGAUGCAGCCGGAAGCAGGCCUGCAAGGGGGCCAGUGUGCAGAACGGCUGGCUGUGGAGCCCGGGGGGGCAGUGUGUGCAGAUCCAGUCCUUCACCCCACCCAGCAUCAGCUGCAAGAAGACCCAGGAGGUGGUGCUGAGCGUCCCCCUCCUCCCCAACGUCCCGGAGCCCGACAGGCUGCAGUGCCGCUUCGGCGACGCCAAGAGCCAAGGCUUGAUGAAUGGGUCAGAGAUCUCCUGCUCUCUGCCGGAUCCCAGCCAGAUCCCGCGCACUCCCGACAAACAAGAUUACGUGGCCGUGCCGGUGAAGAUCUUUGUGGACGGUUCGGUGGAGGUGGCGGCCGGGGAGUUCAAGUUCUACAACUGCAGCGCCGUGGCGAUGAUGGUGGAGAAUGUCCCGUGCUCGUCCUGCGUGUCCAGUGAGUGGCGCUGUCAGUGGAACACUCAGCACCACACCUGUGCCGACAGCGAGGCCUCCCCAGCGGUCGCUAAUUUCAUCCCACACCAGCAGAACGUGAGCUGUCCCCGCUUCCAGGAGCCUAAACCCACCCUCAUCCCGGUGGGAGUCAAAACUCCCAUCAACUUCACAGGAGUCAAUCUCGAGCUCUACAAGGGUCGAGCGCUGACCAUCAGCACAGCCCUGAUGGAGCACGAGGGCGAGGUCAUCGUGAGGGAGGCCGGCUCUUGGUUUGAGUUUGAGGGGUACAAGUUCACCUCUGAAAAGGCCCAGACGGUGGACCUGCUCUUCUCCGUCAAGGACAGGGACACCGGCAAGAGGAUCGACAGCAAGCUCCAGGUGACCCUGUACAACUGCUCUCUGGGCCGGGAAGAUUGCAGCCUGUGCAAGAAUGCGGAUGCCCAGUAUAACUGCGUGUGGUGCCACAAAACCAGCUCCUGUGUCUUCCACCAACUGUGCUCUGAGGGCGAGGCCCAGGAGUGCCCCAGCCCUAAAAUCACCCAGGUCAUCCCCAGCUUCGGCCCACUGAAGGGGGGCAUUUUAGUGACCAUCAAAGGGUCUAACCUGGGCAUCCAGAAGGAGGAUAUCAGGAACAUCACGGUGGCUGGGGUCCCCUGUGCCCACAAGCUGGACGGAUACUCUGUCUCCACCAGCGUGGUGUGUGAAGUGGGCCCGGUUAACACCCUCAGCCCUGACCCCGGGGUGGUGCAGGUGGAGGUGAAGGGGGGAAAGAGCGGGACCUCCACGGUCCUCUUCACCUACAGGGACCCGAAACCUGAAACGGUUGAGCCGGCAAAAGGUCCGAAAGACGGCGGGACGGUGAUCACCAUCUUUGGCAAGGACCUGGACACGGCCGCCAAAGAGGACCUCGCCAUCACGGUGGGAGGAGUGCCCUGCUCUGUUGAGUUCUUCGGGAGGAACAUCACGUGUAAGGUGGGCAAGUACACGAGCACCAAGGUGCCCUCCGACCUCCUGGCGGUCACGGUAAAGUACGGAAAGAGCACCAGCACGGAAGUCCCGCGGGCCUUCCAGUUCCGGGAAAACCCCACAGUGGACGACUAUUUCCCCAAGAGCAGCUUCCUGUGUGGAGGGAGGAUGAUCGUGGUGACCGGGAAGGGUUUCGACCUCAUCCAAAGGGCUUCCAUGGUGGUCCUGGACUCCGAGUGCUCCAGCGCACUCGACCAAACCCCGUGCAAGCAGGAGGCGCAAAACAAGACCAACACAAUGCUGCGGUUCCUCUCCCCGAAAGUGAACUCAAGUGCCAAGUGCCUGCGGGCCCACUUGGCCCUGGACAACGUGGAGGCCAAACUGGAGGCCUUCCACUACCACCCCGACCCCUUCUUCAAUACCCUCACCAAGAACGUCAUCACGGAGAACAGCAUCAUAUCCGUCACGGGCCACGGCUUCGCCAAGGCCAUGACGGCCGAGGAGGCCCAGGCGUUCGUGGGGAACGUGAAGUGCCCGGUCACCUCCCUGCAGGACGACAAGCUGUUCCUGGAACCCCCCGCCGCCCAGCCCAGCGUCCCGUCCCGCCGGCCCAAGAGGGACACCAGCUCAGACCAGCUGGAUCUGACGAUUAAGUUUGGAAAUGGCGAAUGGGUCGUGGGCAAGGUCCAGUACGAGAAGAAGUACGAGGUGCCCCUGGCCAUCAUCAUCCCCGCCGUCCUCAUCCCCAUGCUGCUCAUCAUCGGCGUCUCCGUCUACUGCUACAGGAGGAAGAGCCAGCAGGCAGAGAGGGAGUACGAGAAGGUGAAGAACCAGCUGGCCAACCUGGAGGAGAGCGUCCGUGACCGCUGCAAGAAGGAGUUCACAGACCUGAUGAUCGAGAUGGAGGACCACACCAGCGACCUCAGCGAAGCCCGCAUCCCCUUCCUGGACUUCAAGACGUACACGGACCGCGUCUUCUUCCUGCCCUCCAAGGACGGGGCCAACGACGUGAUGAUCACGGGCAAGGUGGACGUGCCCGCCGCCCGCCGGGCCACCGUCACGCAGGCCCUCAACCAGUUCUCCAACCUCCUCAACAGCAAGACCUUCCUCAUCAACUUCAUCCGCACCCUGGAGGGGCGCCCCGAGUUCAACGCCCGGGAGAAGGUGUACUUCGCCUCCCUGCUGACGGUGGCACUGCACGGGAAGCUGGAGUACUACACCGACAUCAUGAGGACCCUGCUGCUGGAGCUGAUGGAGCAGUACGUCCACAGCAAACACCCCAAACUCAUGCUCCGCAGGUCAGAGACGGUGGUGGAGAGGAUGCUUUGCAACUGGAUGUCAAUCUGUCUCUACCAGUUCCUGAAGGACACUGCCGGGGAGCCCCUGUACAAGCUCUUCAAGGCCAUUAAGCACCAGGUGGAGAAGGGCCCAGUGGACGCCGUGCUGAAGAAGGCCAAGUACACCCUGAACGACACCGGCCUGCUGGGGGACGACGUGGAGUACUCCACUCUGACCCUGCAGGUCCUAGUGCAGGGAGAGGGGCCUGACGUGUCCCCGGUCAAGGUGCUGAACUGCGACACCAUCUCCCAGGUGAAGGAGAAGAUCAUCGAGCAGGUGUACAGGAACCUGCCCUACACCCACAGGCCCAAGGUCGACAGCGUCACUCUCGAGUGGCGCCCAGGGGCCACCGGGCAGGUCCUGUCCGACCUGGACGUGACGUCGCAGACAGAGGGCAGGUGGAGGCGGAUGAACACCUUGGCGCACUACAACGUGCGAGACAACGCCACCGUGGUCCUCUCCCGAGUCGCGCAGCGCCCUCAGUCUUUCGACCAGCACCAGGACAGCCACGAAGAGAAAAACGCCCUGCUAGACGAGGACAAGGUGUUCCACCUGGUCCGGCUGGCCGAAGAGCUUGACGAGAUCAAGUCCAAGAGAGGCAGCAUGAAGGACAAAUCCAUGACCAAAGCCAUUCAUGAAAUUUACCUGACACGACUGUUCUCCGUCAAGGGCACGCUGCAGCAGUUUGUGGACGACUUCUUCCGGAGCGUUCUCUGCUCGAGCACGGCGGUGCCGCCGGCGGUCAAGUACUUCUUCGACUUCCUGGAUGAGCAGGCUCAGAAGCACGACAACGUGGACGAGGAGACCGUCCACAUCUGGAAGACCAACAGCCUGCCGCUGAGGUUCUGGGUGAACAUCCUGAAGAACCCCCACUUCAUCUUCGACGUCCAUGUGACCGAGACGGUGGACGCCUCCCUAUCGGUCAUCGCCCAGACCUUCAUGGACGCCUGCACCAAGACCGAGCACAAGCUGAGCCGGGACUCCCCGAGCAACAAGUUACUCUACGCGAAGGAGAUCUCCACGUACAAGAAGAUGGUGGACGAUUACUACAACGGGAUCAGGCAGAUGGUCCCGGUCAGCGACCAGGACAUGAACACGCACCUGGCGGAAGUUUCGCGGGCCCACACUGAAGGUCUCAACACACAAGUGGCUUUGCACCGACUGUACGAGUACGCAAGCAAGUACUACGAUGGGAUCAUAGCCUCACUGGAGGAGGACCCUGCUGCUCAGAGCGGGCAGUUGACGAUGAGGCUGCAGCAGAUAGCGGCCGCCCUGGAGAACAAAGUCACGGACCUCUAACGCCAUCGCGAGGGGCGUGGGGUGGAGCUCAGGGCCGACGCAGGGUUCAU